CCUUGGACAGCGCACGCAGCAAGCAACAUGGCUCCGAUUACAGCCAGCAGAGAAGAAUUUGAUGAAAUCCCUACCGUGGUUGGGAUCUUCAGCGCCUUUGGGCUGGUCUUCACCGUCUCGCUCUUUGCUUGGAUCUGCUGCCAACGCAAAUCUUCUAAAGCCAACAAGACCCCUCCUUAUAAAUUUGUCCACGUGCUGAAGGGGGUCGAUAUUUAUCCCGAGAACCUCAACAGCAAGAAGAAGUUUGGCGCGGAGGAGAAAGGGGAAGCCACAAACAAGCCCACGAUGCCCAAAACCUCCCUGCAUCUUGACCUGGAGAAACAAGAUCUGAAUGGCAACUUCCCCAAGACAAUCCCUAAAAUGCCAAGUUCUUCAGACGUUGAAGGCUUUACUCCGAAACCAUUUCCUGAGCGGGAAAAAGAUUCGGUGUCUCCGGACAGCUUGAAGUCAACCACCUCAACAUCUUCCGAAGAAAAGCGAGACAAAUUAGGGACUCUGUUCUUCUCCCUAGAGUACAACUUUGAAAAAAAGGCUUUCAUGGUGAACAUCAAAGAAGCGCGUGGCUUACCGGCCAUGGAUGAACAAUCGAUGACUUCUGAUCCAUACAUCAAAAUGACCAUACUACCGGAGAAGAAGCACAAGGUGAAAACGCGAGUGCUGAGGAAAACCUUAGAUCCGGCUUUUGACGAAACCUUCACCUUUUAUGGGAUCCCUUACACUCAAAUUCAAGAUCUGAGUCUCCAUUUUAUGAUCCUGAGUUUCGACCGGUUCUCCAGAGAUGAUAUCAUCGGAGAAGUUCUGUUUCCCUUGUCAGGAAUCGAAUUGUCUGAAGGGAGGAUGCUGAUGAACAAGGAGAUCAUCAAAAAAAACGUUAGGAAAUCUUCUGGACGCGGCGAGCUGCUGAUCUCACUUUGUUAUCAGUCUACAACAAAUACUCUCACUGUGGUUGUUUUAAAGGCCAGACAUCUACCUAAAGCCGAUGUUUCAGGAUUAUCAGACCCCUACGUCAAAGUGAACCUUUACCAUGCCAAGAAGCGGAUCUCCAAAAAGAAGACGCACGUCAAGAAGUGUACCCCCAACGCGGUGUUCAACGAACUCUUCGUCUUUGAUAUCCCUUGCCAGGGUCUCGAAGAGAUCAGCAUUGAAUUCUUAGUACUGGAUUCCGACAGGGGAUCUCGGAACGACAUCAUCGGCCGGUUAACCUUGGCGGCUUCUGUGGAAGGCACGGCUGGAGAACAUUGGAAGGAGAUCUGCGAAUAUCCUAGGAGACAGAUUGCGAAAUGGCACAUGCUGUGCGACGGCUAA